AUGCCAAACACUCGCGAUUCCCAGCGCUUAUCAGUUACAGAACAGCGACGACUAUCAGUUCCCAUUUCAGAGGCGCUCAUGAAAAUGACAAUGUUUCGCGGAUUCCAGACCCCCUCCCCGCCCAAUUAUCCCCUGGACAGGAAGAUCAAGAAGCCGUUGAUGGAGAAGCACCGGAGGGAGCGGAUGAACAAGUCCUUAUCACACCUCAAGGACAAGCUCAUCAAGCACUAUCCAUCAGAGACGUGAGUUCAUUUUAAAACGACAUUGUAGUACUUUUCGGAGUUUUUACUUGCAAAUUAUGAUUUUAUGAUCUUUUAAGUAGUAAAGUGCAACAUUGUGCAGUAAUCGACUUAGAGACUAUUUGCUUUUAUCUGUACAAACUCAUCAAAAUUUUGUUUUUUAGCAAAAUUUCAAAUUUAAAUCCAUUAAACUUUUCGUAUAGCAUAACCUUGUAAAACAUUAUGAUAGUGUCCGUCUUUCAGGUCAAAACUAGAAAAAGCAGAUAUUCUGGAGAAGACCGUGUUCCACGUAGAUCGAAUGGAGAAGCUUCUGGAAACCGUACAACAAAACUUUAACGCCACGAUGAGGCACAUGGAGCUGCGGUUCCUGGAGUUCUUGUCUUUGUCAUCGAACGGCCUAACUCAAGACCAGAUCCUCCACCUAAAACAACAGUAUCAGAUGUUCUCGAAGCGACCACAACAGCUGCCCAUGAACAUGAAUCAGAUAAACAUGUUCAAGGCGCUCCCUCCAAUGUUCAUGCCCGUGCCGUUUCCAGUGAUGCCGAAUCUACAAACUAUCAAAAACAAUGGCAUCCCUCCGUUCAGUACGACCAGCUUCCCUUGUCACAGUACCGUUCAGGAACAGAAGCUGAAUACUACAGCGUCGAGUGUACCGUCAUCUUCUACAGAAGCUAACAACGUUGAGGACGAUGAGAAUGAUGAGAUUGACGUGGUCGAGAAUGACGAAUGGUACAGUAAACGGUCGGAUGACAGUGGCAUCGCGUCAUCGCCCGAGAUCUCCAAGAAUCAGAAGAGUCGAGGCGAUGACGUGUGGAGGCCGUUCUGA